AGACAGAUUUUGGACAUAUUUGGGCUGUGAUGGGCCACCGUAUGUCAUGACAAGUCGAUUAAUUGAGGCAGAUAAAGAUGAAUUUGAUUGGAUCACGUUGCUGCCAGGCUUGGGACAUUUAAAUAUGAACCAGGUAAAAGGAUACUUUAAGGUUCUUGACAACAUAUGUUUAGAGCCCCUGGGCCGAGAUAUCCUAAAUUUCAAAUCUCCAAAGGCAUAUUCAUUCUUCAAAGACUGUAAAGACAACCACAAAGCAUGGGAAGCUUUUGAGGUUUUUUUACAUGGAACUAUGUUAGAACUGAUUUACAAAUACUCUCAAGAAAGCGAUAAUGUUAGUGCUAUGGGUUUCAUGCAAUGGCAACACAAAAUAAAUGCACCAACAGUUAAACUUUUAUUGCAGCUUGUUUUAACAUACGGUUUGGGGAUUUAUACACAGAGAGUAGGGGACCGUAAUAAUGAUAUCAUUAUCAGUGAUGCUGGUCGAUAUUCGUUUGAUGAUUGGUUCUUUGGCUUUAAUCAUCCGUAUUACCGAGAAAUCGAAUACAGGGAUUUGCAAAACAAAGCGAUUUACCCACCUCAAGUAAAAGAACAGAGAGACAAAAAUUUAUCUUUUUCAGUUACUAAGACAAAAGGCAGAAAUCAAGGUGGGGAUUUUUUGAUGGAACAAAAAAUUAAACGACAAAAGAUGAUGGCACCAAAAGGGAGUGUUGAUAAAAGUACUUGGCAACGCAUUUCUCGAUGUGUAGAUGCUUUUGAUCGAAUUUAUGAGAACACAUCAAAUUUAUUAGAUUUAAAAGAUGAUGCAGGAUCACGUAAUAUCAUAUUAGGUAAUGAAAUCAUUGAAUGGAGAGCGUUUUUACGACACUCAAAGUUUUUAGAUAACAAUGAUAGCAGUACCGUAUUCAAUAUUUAUGGUGAACCUAUUAGUUCGAACUUUCUAAAUUUAACAGAAAAGUUAAAACAAAAACGAUUAGAGUAUUGGCGCCAACAUCGAGAAGGAGUUCAUCUUCAAAAAAUUUCUUAUCCACUGUUGCAGACUUUCACGAAAAAGGCAGAUGAAUAUAGUGAUGAUGAACUGACAUAAAUUAUUUAAACACUCCUCUUAGUAUUUAUCAUAAUAUAUAUAAUAUAUAAAUAACAUAAAUAUGUAACUUAGUCUAUAUAUAUAAGUACAUAUAUCAACAGAAAUUCAAAAACAAAGUUUGAA